CGAUCCCUUCGCACCACGAUCUGAAGCGAACCAUCUCCUCUUCGAGUCAACUUCGACUCUGACCUUCCCAGGCUCCAGUCCAACCCAGCCAGCCAGGCUCGCUCCCCACAUCGCGCCCCUGCUUCCCACCACCGUCCAGAUCCGCCCCCUGCUGCCAGCCAUGGCCGACCCAGGAGGCUCGCAGCGCACGGCCCUGCUCGCCGCGGCGUCCCUCUUCCCCGUGCCCGACGGCGCGACCUUCUCCUACGGGACGGCGGGGUUCCGCGCCGACGGGAGCACCAUGGCCCCCGCGGUGUGCCGCGCCGGGAUCGUGGCGGCGCUGCGCUCGGUGAAGCUGGGCGGCGCUGCUGUCGGGCUGGUCAUCACGGCCUCGCACAACCCCGUCGGCGACAACGGCGUCAAGAUCGUGGACGCCGACGGCGGCAUGAUGUCGCAGGCCUGGGAGCCCUUCUCCGACGCGCUCGCCAAUGCCCCCACCCCCGACGCCCUCCUGCAGCUGGUGCUUCAGUUUGCGAAGGAUGAGGGGAUCACACUUGGUGGAGCUCACUCGGCACAAGUGCUGCUGGCAAGAGACACGAGGCCUACUGGAGAGUACCUCCUUGACGUUGCAACCAAAGGUAUAAGCGCAAUAGUAGGUUCAGUUGCACUUGACAUGGGGAUCCUGACAACUCCGCAGCUACACUGGAUGGUUCGGAACAAAAACAGAGGCUUGAAAGCCUCUGAAGCAGAUUAUUUUACACAAAUCACUGAGUCAUUCAGGCAUUUGUUGGAAUUAACCCCUGAUGAUAAAGGCAUCGAUGAACUAAAUGAGAAACUAAUUGUGGAUGGUGCAAAUGGUAUUGGUGGGUUGAAGUUGGAACAAAUAAAGCCAAAUCUGGCCAGAUUAGACAUUCUUGUGAGAAAUUCAGGAAAAGAAGGAGAAGGAAUACUUAAUGAGAGAUGUGGUGCUGACUUUGUUCAAAAGGAGAAGGUUCUUCCUCUUGGAUUUGGCCCUAAUGAUGUUGGUGUCAGGUGUGCAAGUUUCGAUGGUGAUGCAGAUAGACUUGUCUAUUUUCAUGUUACAUCGCCUAGCAAGACUAGUGUUGAUCUUGUCGAUGGCGAUAAGAUAUUAUCACUAUUUGUCCUCUUUAUCAGAGAACAGUUGGAUAUUAUCAAUGGAAAAGACAAUAAAGGAUUAUUGCCUACAAGGUUUGGUGUAGUUCAAACUGCUUAUGCCAAUGGGGCAUCAACAGAAUUUCUUAAAAAUCUUGGUCUUGAAGUUGUCUUCACUUCAACAGGAGUGAAAUAUCUCCACAAGAAAGCUCUAGAAUAUGAUAUUGGUGUCUACUUUGAGGCCAAUGGACAUGGGACAGUGCUAUUCAAUGAUGACUUUGUCUCACGACUAGAGUCUUUGACUGCUAGGCUUUCUGAAGCUGCAGGUUCCCCACAGAAACAAGCUGCCUUGAGAUUGUUAGCAACAAGUCAAUUAAUUAAUCAAGCAGUGGGUGAUGCUAUAAGUGGGAUGCUUUUGGUGGAGGCUGUGUUACAGCAUAAGAGAUGGUCAUUCCAGAAUUGGUGUGACCUAUAUACUGAUCUACCAAGUAAACAACUUAAGGUUAAAGUGAAAGAUCGAACUGCUAUUGUUACAACCGAUGCAGAACGAAAAGUUUGCCAACCAUCUGGCUUGCAAGAAUUGAUAGAUAAGGAAGUCGUUAAUUACUCUCACGGGCGAUGCUUUGUCCGGCCAUCUGGAACUGAGGAUGUGGUAAGAGUAUACGCAGAGGCAUCUACCGUGGAAGCAGCGGAAAGCCUUGCAAAAUCUGUAGCACGGCAUGUUGAGCGCAUUCUUGGGUUUUGCUAGUUGGGUUCUUCUUUUAUCUUUCAUCUGUUUCUGAAACGUGUAAUUUUCAACUUUAGCUAAUUCACCUACGUUUUGAAGAAUGUAGACAUAUAUUUUGUUUCUGUGCAAAAUUGCUGAUUUCUUUUUUAUUGUACAAGUGUAUGUAGAGGCAUUACUUCAAGGUCGAUGGUUUGUUACUCGCCGAAACUGGCGUCCCCAUUUUUAAAACACAUGAAUCAUGGAAUUGAAUAUUCUUAAGCAA